AUGGAUUCUUCGUUCUGGGAUGACUUUGGUCCUACAAUACAGAACAGAGCCAUGGAACGAAUCAUUAUACCAAUGACUAUCCAGUUUUGUCAUCUGCUCAUCUCAGUGGAGAGGAAAGAUGCACAGAAUAAAGCUCUUGUUUCCCUGCAGAAGAUGGCGGAGCAACUGGCCAAAGCUAGUGAGGACUUUGUGCAUGUUGCCAGCAGGCUGGCAGGAGACUCUGAGGAGGCGUGGCUUAGGGUGGAGAUAAAGCCAGUGGCCAAGUCUCUGAUCCUCUCUGGGAGGAGCAUCCUGCUGGUAACAGAGAAGCUUCAGCUGCAGCCGGAGGAUCAGCACCACUGGGAGGAGCUGGUGGACACCGCUCAGCAACUCCUGGUGGACACUAAGAAGGUCUUGCUUCUUGAUGAUGCCGCAGUGGUGAGGAAGACCUUGACAGCGGCCAAUUGGUGUCUGACGUGCCUGGAGGCGCUGGAGGCUGCGGAGGACGCCACCUCGCUGCGCACCUCGCUCAAUGACCUGGCGGCUGCGCUGCUCCGACUUGGCCGCCUGACCGCGCGCUGGGCCGGGGACGAGCGUCUGGGUCCAGCUCGCCACCACCUAGGGUGCUGUAUCCCCGCGCUGCUCGCGGCCGCCCGCGGUCACCUCCGGCAUCCCCACGAUCCUCAACUGGUGGCCUCCCGGCACCGCAUCUUCGCUUUGACCCGGCAGAGCCUCGGAGAGCUCCUAGAUGCGCUGCAGCCCUGCGUCGGAGGGCCCAGCACGCUGUCUCAGAGUGGUGCAUUGGCGCGUGGUCUGUGCAAGCUGCGAAAGGUCCUGGAGGAGCCUGGGCCUAGUCACCUACUGGAUGCACCCCUGGCCGCCGUGGUGUGGCACUGCCUGCGCCUAGCUGCCUGCUCCGCGCCACAGGAGAGGAGGCACCUGGUGUCCCACUGCCGGCAGCUGCUGCAGCUCCGACCCGGGGUGCACCGGUUCCCCCGGACCAGCCCAGGGAUCGAAUGGGAAGCUCUGCGGGCCGUGACAGACGCACUCUUUCGAGCAGUUCGCGCUGGGUUACUGCGCCAGAUUCUGGACACGUUCACAGAUACCCAAAGUCCUCUAGAAAAGCUGGUCCAGGCCUCCUUGGCGACUUCCACUAUUAGGUCCCGCUGUGAUAGUGAAGCCUUGGUAGAAACUCUCCAGCUUCUUCUCCAUGCUUUCCACAACCAAGCCAUGCAGAUGAUCCGAGUGGCGCACUUGGUUUGGGCCUGCUGCCCACAACAGCAAACUGGCAGAGACGUGGAGGAUGCUGUGGCAGAUCUUCAGAGGCUUGUGAUCAAAGUGAAAGAACUCUUUUCACAAAGUCCCCAAACGCUUGGACUGAACUGGAGCCCUGCCACCCUGCAGGCCCUGCUUGAGGCCUGGGCCAGGGAAUCAGAAAACCUCCUGUCAUGCUUUGAUGUCGUUCUUAACAUUCCCGAAUUCCUGAGUUUGUCCAUCCAGGAAAUGACUAAACACUUGCACUUGUAUACAAGGGCUCUGAGGAGUGGAGCGUCCAGAGAGUUUUCCAGAUCUGUGGCCUUCUUACGCGGAAGAGCCACCCACAUAGUGCAGGUGGUGAACAGAUAUGUGGGUCAAGACCCCGAUCCUAUUUUCCGGAACGGGAUGAGAGUCGUGGUUCAGCAGCUGGCACAGUCUUCCGUGACUCUAGGCGCAGCCAUUGAAGGCAGUGGAGGUGAGGACAGCGCUCAGGACACAGACGUCUUUUUAACCAUGGCAAAGCACCUCAUCUAUUCAGCCCAGCAAGUCCACGAGGGACUGGAUGGGGCCAACCAUCCAGACAUCCUCAGCCCACUUCGAGUCCAAGUCCAAAGGUCUGAUAUGGCCACGGGAUGGUCUUAUUUUAUUCUCCCCAGCUCCCAGCAUCCCACAGCUUCUGAAAUGAAACACCAGCAGGUACCUGGGUUAUGGGAAAGUGGCCCAAACACCCCUUUCCUACCAGUAGAACAAAUUUCCUACACAGCGGUCCCUGGCACCUGCAUACAUGGGUGGGGACCUCUGCUCCCUGCUGUCAGCAAAGGUAUCACUACUACGGAAAACAGGAAUCACCAGGUAGUGACCUUACCAUGCACCAAGAUGCCAGAGCAGGAUUCUACUGUGGAUAAAGUCCAAGAGGUGCAGGCUGGGGACGAAACCCUGGGGCCAGAGGGGAUGACAAGACCACAGGAAUUCUCAACACUGGCACCCUCGAUUAUUGAUCUUGCCGGGGAGGAAGACCAUAAUGCAAAUACUAGAAGUGAUGAGCUUCUGGGAAUAGCUCUUCAGCAAUCCAAGAGGUCCAGAGAAGACAGGCAGGAUUUGGUAGCCAGGGCUGGUGACUGGUACCUUCUGUGUCAGCAACUGUUUUGCCAUAACCCAGUGACUGAGUUACCUGGGAACACAGCAGCAUUUGUGGAGCUUCAGCAGGAUUUGGCCCUGAUGAUUCAAGUAGCAGCCAACCAUGGCCCUGUGAAUUUGGACAGAAAGAACCCUGACUUAAUGGGGCAUCCAGGACUGCUUUUAGAGCUACAAGACAGAUCAGAAAAGACAAAGAUCCAUGCUAAACAGCUGCUGGACCAAGUUCUGUCCUCUGAUGGUCUCCAAGAGCCCACCAUGAGGGAAGAGAACAUUGACAAUGGGUGCCUUCUAUGGGCAGUAGCUGUCCAAGACCUGAUGCAGUGCAUGGAGAGACUCAGCAGGAAACAGGGCCUGUUCCUCAGGCCCCUGCGACAUGCAGUGAAGAACCAGCAGGGGUUUCAGGAAGGGUUAUGUCAGGCAGCAGAGAUUUCUCAAAGGUUACAAGAGGCUGCCACGCUGUCCAGUGUUCUGUGUGGGGAUGCACGGGUGAAGGGUGAGAUCUCCUUUCUGUGUGGGGAAGUUCAUGUACUCACAGAUGCCUUACUAGAGGUGGCUCACAUCUUGGUCUCCAACCCCAAGCCAUGUCUCAGCCUCUCUACACGUUUUGAACUUCUCUGCUUGGAACUCAGUCUUCGAGCCAAGGCCCUGACUGACUGCCUGACCAGCAUCAACGCGGCCUAUGAGCAUAUGUUCCAAGAUGCUGUCGGCAAGAACUCCCAGAACAGGAUAGAAGGAAUGUUGUCUGCUAUCCAAGCUGUGCAGGAAAUCAUAGCAGGAGAUCAAGAGUCUGAACUGUGCCAGAGAGACCUUCUUGUGUCUCUAGAGAGCAUUCUCAUGCUCACUAAGGAGGUGGCCAAGAAGGUCCCUGUGCUCCAAGAGGAACAGAGGUUGCAUAUGCUGGGCUGGCUUCAGUGGGAAUGGGCAGCUAAAGCCCACUAUGCAGUGACUCAGCUCCAGGCCUUGGAGGGUAGUCACACGGAGGCCUGGGGACUCCUGGUCCAAUACUUGAAGCCCAAGGAGGAGCAAGCAAAGCCCCUAGAAGAGGAUCCUGCCCAGCUCCGGCCACACUGUAAAGAUGGCACAGCAGGAACCACUUCUGGGGGCAGUGUGGAUUCUCAGGGUGCUGCUUUCAAAGGUACCCCAGAAAGCUCAAUGGGGACCUGUGCGGAUGAGCUAGCCACUCGCAGGACCACCACAGCAGACAUGAGUAUGCGCCAGAGUGGAGGCUUACCUCUGCCUCCUGCUCAGAUGGACCAGACUGCUCCAGAGGACGGCAGUGCAGACAGUGAGAACAGAAUCACCCAGAUCACACAAGAGAUGGCCACUGAGGUGCUCCUGAUGGCUCAGAGCUUGAGGAAGAGAGGGCGAGUCCUGACCAAGGAUCAGCUCAUUGCCUCCGCCAGGAAAGUCUCAGCUUCUGGAAAAACCUUCACCAGACUCAUUCACAUCAUUGCUAAGAACUGCAUAGAUCAGAGAUGCUCCCAGGAGCUUCUGUGCAUGGUGGAGCAGAUUCAAACCAUGAGCAGCCAGCUCAGCAUCAUCUCCAGUGUAAAGGCCUCCCUUACCAGAAGCAAGUCCUCUGAGGAGCUCCUUGUGGACAACGCACAGCGGCUCCUCCAGGCUGUUUCCAAGACCGUGAGGGCUGUGGAAGCUGCCUGCCUUCGGGGUUUGAGAUGGCUUUCCUCAGAUCCAGAGGAGCUGGAGGUCGCUGCCUUCUGCACACAGUGGAAGAGGAAACUACUACAACACCGACUUCAAGAAGCCUCAAACAAAGACUGUGACGAGCUGGGUUUACGAAAAACGAGCACAAGGAAACUCCCAGCCUUGGCGGCCCUGGUCCAAGAAGCACUCUAAAGCACAGUCUCCCAGUCGACCUGUGUUGAGCAGGACUUUGGUAGCACACCUUUCGGGCUGAAUCUGAGACACAGGUAUGUGAGGCCAGAGCUUGUGCAAGUUCCCUGACAGCAUUCCGCAUUCCUGGUUAGACUUAACAUUCACUUAACAGGGAAUGCUCCUGUCUGUCUGUGAUAUAAACAGAGGGAAUUAAAAAGGAGCAGCAGACACUGAAGUGAAGGUGCUCUGAAGAGAGUCAGGCCUGUUUGUUUUCUGUUUGUCCCAUCCAUUCUUUCACUCUUCUGUUCACUGUCUUUUAAGCCUCUUUAUUAAUUCACAUAUAUUAUUCACACACUUAAAGUA